CAAAACUCUCUCGGCCUUUCAGAGUGAAGACAGGGAAUCUUCAGCAAAGGGACAGCCCAGACAGAUCUCUCUAAGCGCUUUCCCAUUGACCCAAACUUUGUCAUUUUUCUUCGACAUGUGCACAGCCCCUUUUAAACAAGCCUUGCCCUACCAAUUCUAGCCAUGCAGCAAGUUCUUCAAUGGGUUUUCAAGGAAACUAAUGAAAAGGAUUCCACAAAGAAGAAGGAAACGAGUUGCGAUAAAGGAAGUUCUAGAUCAAAGGAGAUAGUGGUUUCUGUUUCUAAUCAUUGUGGGGGCUCUCAAAGAUCAAAGGGAUUUGAAGGAAGGAGAUUUGAUCUUAAGAGAUUGAAGUCAUUUGCUUUGUUGUGUAGGAAGGAUAUUGCCAAGUCCUGCUUUUAUAGUACCAUUAAUAUUAAGAGGCCUAGAACGACUCAGGGCGGCUUUGAUAAUAUGCACCAGUAUUGGAUCCAUAAGAUGAAAAAAGAAGAUAUUGGUCAAAAGGUGGAUUCUUGUUCUGUUCAUGCCGGCACCAAGGUGUUGCCGAUAACUGAUGCCACUCUUGUAGAACAAUGCGGCAGUAAGGGUGUAAAGAAAGUUGUGGCCAAUGGGGAGAGUAAAACCAAAGGGAAAUCAAGAGUGAAGGAACUUUUGAGAUGGGCUAUGGCUUCUAGAUCAGAAAAAGGAGGGAAGUUCAUCACUGGCAAGGUUUCACGAAUGCGAAACCGAGGAACUCUUCAUACAAGCUUGGACGAUGAUCGAGCGAGUAACGACUCCCCCAAGAUCAGUUUCAGAUGGGAAGCCGAAAGCUGCUCCUCCAUUUCCUCAGCCUACACGUCGGUUUCGGGGGCGUCGUCCUUCAAAAACUGUUCCAUUACACUGAAUUCCACGGCCAUUCAUGAAAUGAAUCGCUAUUAUCCAAGAAAAGGAAGCUGGAUCACUACAGAUUCUGAAUUUGUUGUGUUAGAGCUAUGAAGGAGAAGCUGUAAUGGCUUCAUCAACUGUUUGAUCUGCCUGCAAUAUAAGAGCUGUAGAUUCUAUGCAAAACCAGAGGAUUUUGUAUGUAAAAAGGCUUCAUAUAGCUAUGUAAAACACGUAUCUGAAAUAACAUUGAGUGUAUCAAACCAUCAUCUAACAAAGUCUUUGGUGUAAUACGUUCCCUUCUAGAAAAA